UUCACAAUUCGUCUUCUCUCAUUUACACACCCAACCGAGCCAACCAACCAACCUUGAUCUCUCUCAAAAAAUCCUUGGCAAAGAAAAUGGCCGAUCAGCUCACCGAUGAUCAGAUCUCCGAGUUCAAGGAAGCUUUCAGCCUUUUCGACAAGGACGGAGAUGGUUGCAUCACAACGAAAGAGCUUGGCACAGUGAUGAGGUCACUCGGACAGAACCCGACAGAAGCAGAGCUUCAAGACAUGAUCAACGAAGUCGAUGCCGACGGGAACGGGACCAUAGACUUCCCCGAGUUCCUCAACCUGAUGGCUCGCAAGAUGAAGGACACGGACUCGGAGGAAGAGCUCAAAGAAGCCUUCAGGGUGUUCGACAAGGACCAGAACGGUUUCAUCUCCGCUGCGGAGCUGAGACAUGUGAUGACCAAUUUGGGGGAGAAGUUGACUGAUGAAGAGGUGGAUGAGAUGAUCAGAGAAGCUGAUGUUGAUGGAGAUGGUCAGAUCAAUUAUGAAGAGUUUGUCAAAGUUAUGAUGGCAAAGAGAAGACGUAAGAGGAGUAUGGCGGGGAAUCAUAGUAGCAGUACUGAACGCAAAGAAGAGAGACGUCGCCGAAAAAGCCAUUGUCGUAUUCUCUGAUCGCCAGCAUUUCAAUCUCCUCUCUUCAUUUGCUUUGUGUGUAGAAAUAAGAGAUUUGAACCUCAACCCAAUAAAAAAUCCUAAAUAUGAAUGUAAACUACUAUAUAUUAACUUUUUA